AUCAGAGCCUGUAUAAUGUCCUACUGCCUGCUCUAUAGAGAUUACCACAUACAGCUAUUACUACAUACAACUCUUGUCUUUCAGAAUGAAAAUGGCAGACAUCAAAACAUCUCAAGGCUGCUGCAGCUGCUUUUGGAGACAAACAGGAUGUGGAUGACAAACGUCGUAGCUCUUUGUCUACUGGCCCUCGUGGCCUCUGCAGAGGACAAGAAAUUGAGCAGCCAUGCCACCAUGCUGGCUGAUAACAGCGCCAAUCUGGCCUUCAGCCUCUACCACAACAUGGCAAAGGAGAAAGGCACAGAGAACAUCCUGAUCUCUCCUGUGGUGGUGGCCUCGUCUCUGGGCAUGGUGGCUCUUGGUGCAAAGGCCUCCACUGCCUCCCAGGUCAAAACUGUCCUCAGUGCGGACAAACUGAAGGAUGAGCAUCUGCACUCAGGCCUGUCCGAGCUUCUCUCUGAGGUGAGCGAUGCCAAGACACGCAACACCACCUGGAAGAUCAACAACCGCCUCUACGGCCCCAGCUCAGUCUCCUUUGCUGACGAGUUUGUGAAGACAAGCAAGAAGCACUACAACUACGACCAUUCAAAAAUAAACUUCAGAGACAAGAGGAGCGCGGUGAACUCCAUCAACGAGUGGGCAGCCAAGUCUACAGAUGGCAAGUUGCCUGAGAUCACCAAGGAUGUGCAGAACCCAGAUGGCGCCAUGAUUGUCAAUGCUAUGUUCUUCAAGCCUCACUGGAAUGAGAAAUUUCAUGAUAAAAUGGUGGAUACACGUGGUUUCCUAGUUACCCGCUCAUUCACGGUUGGAGUUCCCAUGAUGCAUCGUACAGGUCUGUACGACUUCUAUGAGGACAAAGAGAACCGUAUCUUUGUGCUGAGCAUGCCUCUGGGCCAGAAGCAGGCCUCUAUGAUCUUUAUCAUGCCCUACCACCUGGAGCCCCUGGACCGCCUGGAGAAACUCCUGACCAGGAAGCAGGUGGAAACCUGGAUCAGCAAGCUGGAGACCAAGGCUGUAGCCAUUUCCCUCCCCAAAAUUGCAUUGGAAGUCAGCCACAACCUGCAGAAACAUCUGGCUGAGUUGGGCCUGACUGAGGCCAUGGACAAAGCCAAGGCUGACUUGUCCAAUAUCUCUGGAAAGAAAGACCUUUACUUGUCAAAUGUCUUCCAUGCAUCAGCCUUGGAGCUGGAUGUUGGAGGAAACCCAUUCGACGCCAACAUCUAUGGCUCUGAGAAGCUGAGGAACCCCCAACUUUUCUAUGUAGACCACCCCUUCAUUUUCCUAGUGAAGGACAACAAGACCAACUCCAUCCUGUACAUCGGCAGAGUGGUUAGACCUAAAGGAGACAAGAUGCGUGAUGAGCUAUAAUGUUAAUGUUGUAAAUUGUGGUGGAUAAUUUUGUCCUUUGUGAAAUGAUGGCAGGAAUCUAUGUGUAUUUUGGUAUGACUGUUACCUCAUGAGCACAUUCCAAUAGGACCUGUGGACUGAGCUCGCUAUUUUAUGACACACUAAACCUUCCCAGGGAACAUUCUUUAUAAAUGUUAGGUCUCAGCCUUAAAUCCCCUUCCAAUAAUGAUUGAUCUCAAUUACAAAUAUGCGCCUCACUUGAGAUCUCCAUGAACAAACAGCAGACGACAUGCUUAUAUUAAGUAAGUUUUCAUUACACCUUGUUUCUGAUGAUCCGUGUGCGUUUUCUUGCAUCAUCUUUAAUGUUUAAAGAAAAAAAGAUCUUUGCACAAGCUUGUCUUACAACUGUGUCACUCAUUCCCUUCACAUGCUCAAUUUUUUUUCCUUUAUAUUGCAUCCAGUCUGCACUGAAAUGUUCCUCUGCACGAGCUGAGCCUGCAGAGGAAAGAUGGCAAAUGUCUGGUGCUUAAUUUACGCUCACCAACCAUGCUGUGCCACUUUUUCGCUGUAGGUAUUUUCCACAGAGAAGCUCUUGAAUUGUGAGAUUGUGAAAUAAUGUGUUCAUUUUUCAAUAAAAAAUAACUGAAAGAA